AUGGGUUUCGUCGACUUCCUCCAGGAUACUGGUCUGACUGAGCUCAACAGCUGGUUGACCACUCGAUCCUACAUCGUCGGUUUCGGCGCCUCCCAGGCCGAUGUUGCCUGCUUCAAGGCCCUGAAGGAGAGCCCCGACGGCGCCAAGUACCCCCACGCCGCUCGCUGGUGGAAGCACAUCGCCUCGUACGAGGCCGACUUCGCGACCCUGCCCGGUGAUGCCUCCAAGCCUUACACCGUCUACGGCCCCGACGUCGUCGCCGCCACUCUGAACCCCGCCAAAGCGCCCACCGCCGAUGAGGGGGAUGACGACGUCGACCUGUUCGGCAGUGACGACGAGGUGGAGGAUGCCGAGGCUGCCCGUAUCCGCGAGGAGCGCCUGGCUGCCUACAGGGAGAAGAAGGCUGCCAAGCCCAAGGCUGCUGCCAAGUCAGUCGUUAUUAUGGAUGUCAAGCCCUGGGAUGACGAGACCGACAUGAAGGCCCUGGAAGCGUCCGUCCGUAGCAUUGAGAAGGACGGACUGGUUUGGGGUGCCUCUAAGCUGGUGCCCGUGGGUUACGGUGUCAACAAGCUGGAGAUCAGCCUGGUCGUUGAGGACGAGAAGAUCUCUCUUCAGGACCUCGAGGAGGAGAUUGCCGGCUUCGAGGACUACGUCCAGUCUACUGAUAUCGCUGCUAUGCAAAAGCUGUAA